AUGGAAGAGAAAGGUGAUGGUGAAAAUCAGCAAUUGCCUGAUAUAAAUGAAAUCAAUGUGAAUGCAGCAAUGUUGCCAAACCCAACAAAUACUAUCGACACCUUAAUAAAUCACUGUUCAAGUUGGCAGCGUCUCAAGAGAGCUGUGGCUUGGUGGUUAAGGUUGAAAACAUUUUUGUUCCAGAGAGCUAAAGGUACGCCUCCAGAGAAAAAGGAACGCCUAACAGUAGAUGAGUUGGAAAAUGCUGAGAUGGCUAUAAUUAGAUACAUACAACACCAGGAAUUUGCUGAAGAAAUCAGGAACUUACAGAGUUCAAGCAAAUCAAGCCGAGGAACAUUAUUACGCCUUGAUCCAGAGCUAUGA